ACGAGAGUUAGAACAGGCACAACUGAAGAAGAAUGAAUUACAUUUCUGUCUUUUAUUACGUUGAAAUAUACUUGGUCACGUUUGCGUUUGGCUCAGACAUUGUCAAUGUGGUGGAGGUCAAGACGCCGUCUGGUUGGGUAAGAGGAUAUGAAGAACUCCUUGAUGGCGGACAGGUGUACAGAUUCGUGAAAAUCCCAUAUGCCCAACCUCCAAUAGGAGAUCUACGUUUCCAGAAAACAAGACCUAUCAAAGAGUGGGAAGGGGUGAAGGGAAUUCGGGAUGCAAAUUCUCCUCAAUGUUCACAAUUGCAAUUUCCAUUACAUGGAGUUGAUGCCUUGGAAAUAAGUGAAGAUUGUUUAUUUUUAAAUAUUUAUGUACCAGGGAAAAUUUCAGAAGCAAGAAACCUACCUGUGAUGGUAUGGAUUCAUGGCGGGGGGUUUAUGAUUGGUGGUGGGAGUCAGUACAAGCCCCAGAAGCUAGUUUUAGGAGGUGGUGUAAUUGUUGUAACCAUUAACUAUAGAUUAGGUCUCCUUGGUUUUCUAACAUUGCAUGACCCUCUAGCACCAGGAAAUUACGGACUAUGGGAUCAGAUUGAGGCUUUUAAAUGGGUUCAGAAAAGUAUUGCAGCCUUUGGGGGAAAUCCUAAAUCCGUUACUAUAUUUGGUGAGUCAGCAGGAGGCAUGAGUGUGAGUCUUCAGACACUUAUUCCAUCAAACGAAGGACUUUUUCAAAGGGCCAUUUCACAAAGUGGAGUUGUUUCGUUCUAUUCCAUCUCCCAAAGACAAGAGGAGAAAAAAUUUAGUAAUUUGCUUUUGGAGAGAACAAAUUGUGCUGGUAAAGAAGAAGUUACAGAAACUCUUAAAUGUUUACGAGAAGUGCCGGCCGAAAACAUAACAUCGGCAAUAUUCUUCAACGAUUUUCAAGUUCCUUUAAAUUCUACUUUUCAAAUAGGAAGUCUUGUACCAACAGUUGAUGGCGAUUUAAUCAAAGAAAAUUUAAUGUAUCCGAAAUCGUGGGACGACGAGACUUAUCGCUUUUUCCGAAGCAUCGAUUACAUAUCAGGAACUCUAGACGGAGAAGGGAAUUUGGGAUAUUUCAGUUUAGCUCCUAGCAUUCAAGAACAUUUCAAAUUCAACACAUCAGUACGAGUCCCUAAAAGUAUUUUAUGUGAGGUAUUUGCACCAGUAUUUGUUGAAACAGUUGCCGGGAAUUUUCCAGAACUGACGCAAGAAAUCUGUGAUUUUUACACUACCUCUGAAGGGGAUUUAGAACAAAGUUUGAAAGUAUGCGACUUCUAUGGGGACUCAUGGUUUGUCGUUCCUAGCAACAUCAUGUUAGGAAUCCAUGCUAAGGAUAAUGAUAAAGCAAAGACAUUCCAAUACUUAGUCACUAAACAAUCCCCGUAUCCAUUUAUUCAAAAUCCGGCGCCCUGGUACAAAAAGGCUGGACAUGGCGAAGAAUUACAUCUUAUAUUUAACAUGACUUAUAAUGAUAUACCAGAGGAGACACUUAAGCAAUAUGAUCUAGCGGCUGAUGAGAUGUUGUCUAAAGACGUUAUUAAGUAUUGGACCAAUUUUGCUAAGAAUGGGAAUCCCAAUUCAGAUGGUCUUCCAAAUUGGUCUUUCUUUGACACUAUCACUAAAAAGUACGCAAUUCUGGACACCCUAAUCACAGAAGGUGAAGACCUGAAACCAGGCGCUACACACCUACUAAGAAAAGUCCUCGACAAAGGGAGAACUGAAGCCGUGCAUGACGAGUUAUAGAUGAACUUUUCAAAAAUACUUGAUUAAUUUGAUAAUGACUGAACUUUGACCGUAGAAUCUGUUUGGUAGAAAUAUGAAACAAGUAAUUGAUAGAUACCAAUGACAGUUGAAAAAGUUAAUUUUCAUGAGAAUGGGUAAAAUUGUUUAUAAAUUUUCAUGAAAAA